AUGAUCCCCGCUCCGCUCGCAGCGCCAGCCGGGGGCAGGGCGGAGGGAGCGAGAGAGGGGUCACCGGAAACCCGCCGCAUGCCGGGAAGGGGUCAAGGGGAAGCACUUCCAUGCGCCGCGCGGCCGGGCUCGUCGCAGACAAGGAGCGGCAGCGCCAACUGCCGGCGGAGCUGGGUAAGUGCAGUGCCAGCCCCUCCCCCGGGGCUCAGCCACAGAAGCGGCGGCGCCACCUGCCGGCGGAGAGAGGCCAAGCUUUCGUCCAUCCAUAUGACAAGACUUCAUGCAUCUACUAAAACCCCAUCUUCAGGCCACUUGAGGGGCUGCAAGGAAUUUCAAGAGGGCCAAGAUGUUAAAUGCCAUUGUCACACAAAGGCAUGCAAAAUAUCCUCACCAGAUGGCUCGGGAUCAACAAGUAGAUCAAACGCGAUCCAGGAAUUUUCAGAAUCCUUUGAGAAGCAACUGCAUUUCAAAAUCAAGCGCUCAGUUUCUUUGCAACCUGAGGGGAUGAAGGAGAGGAGAGAGCGAGCAAGAAUGUGCAUGUCCAAGAGCAGAUCUCACAAGAAAGAGGGAGGGAAGAGGGAGCCCAAGACAGAGCAGAAGGAAGAAGAAAGACCAGAGAUUUCUGCUGGAAAACAAAGCUAAUAGCUUCCAUCCUAAGUAGGCAUUAAAAAGAGAGAUUUAUAUAUUAAAGGUUACAGUGUAUUGGAGCCAUUUACUGAAAGAGUAAAGUGAGUUUUGUUUUGAUUAGAUGGAAGAGGCCAGUUAGCUAAAGUAAAGUAAACCCUAAUUUUUAAAAUAAAAUUAUUGCAGUGAUACCUUUGAGGCUGUGUUUCUAUUGUCCUCUUUUUACUUUCUCCAUUAGAAGCAUGACACUUGCUCUAAGGAGAGUGUGUGCCUAGUUGGAUCAAGGUUUAAGUGAGCCCUGCAUCAUUUUAAUCUGGAUUUCAGUCAGAUUUAGAUUUCGCACAGCAGUGGACAUGCUCACUUAAGAGAAGAAUGCACACAGGUUGAAGACCCUUGCAAAAUCACAUGUAACCCACUUCAUUUAAAUUUUUGUUAAAAACUGGAAAUACAGCCCAGACUUAUCAAGAGGUU